GACGUAAAAACUAACCUUCGCUAUUUAUUUUUCAACUGUAAAUUCAUGCCAAACGCAACUCCUGCGCUCUGACGCCUUCAUCUCUCGAGCACAACCGGUGAAUUCAAAUGUCGACGAUGACAAUUUCACAAUCCGCAAAUUUUCCAGUUAUCAUAACGAUGAAACGCCCGGAACGCGGAACAAUUUGACGUGUCUUUCUGAAGAUGACAUAACCUCGAGAUUCGCCAGAAAUCCCGGAAUAUUUAUUGUGUAGUUUUUAAUUGUUUUGUAAUAUAAAUUUGUAUAAAAAUGACCGAAGAAAAUUUCGUGCCACCGAAGGCUCCGAAGGACCUUUGUUUCAAUGAACUGGACUUCGUAGAGAAAGUAUUUGAUACCGACACCUUUCUACAAGAACAGAGGAAAAAUGUCAGUCUUGAAAAGAUGCGAGAUGAUCUUGGAGUUUACUUGAAGAUUCUGAGAUCUGCUAUGAUUGACCUUAUAAAUAAAGAUUAUGCAGAUUUCGUCAAUCUUUCUAGUAAUUUAAUUGGAUUAGACAAAGCAAUAAACAAUUUAGAAACUCCUCUUGGUCAGCUCAAAGAAGAAGUCAUGCAAGUCAGACAAUCUUUGGAUGACACGAUAACAGAGAUGACCAAUAAUUUGGAUAAGCAUAAAAAUAUCAGAGAAAAAAAGCAGAGUAUACAUAGUUUAAUUAGGUUCCACAAAUCAAUAACCAAACUAUGCAAUAUCCUUUGUUCCUGUGAUACGUUGAAGGUUCCUCUAAAACCGGAUAUCUUAGAGCGAGCUGCAACAGAAUUUAAUCAAUUGAAAUUUCACUUGAGCCGCUGUAAAUCUGACCUGUCAACAGAGCAAACAAAUAAAAUGAGCGAAAUGGAUGACCGCCUGAAAGCCAGUUUAAGUGCACUUCUAGUUGCCUACAUAACCCAAAAAGAAUCUGCGUCUUUAAUUCGAUGUUUAAGAAUAUAUGUAAGUCUCGACAAGGUAACGGAUGCAGAGGACGUAGUCAGAAAAAAGAUCGUAGUGCCUGCUGUUGAACAUAUUAUCAGUGAAUACAGUCUUCAAAAUGAUUCACAAGGAUUGAAAGGAACUUACCAAAAAUUAGAGAAUGUCUUAGAUAGUACUUUAAAAGAACUAUUAGACUUGACAUUAAAUCCAGACAGAAUAUCUGUAAAAGGCUUUAACUUUAUAGUCAAUAGCUAUUGGCCAGAAGUAGAACAGAGAAUAGAAGACUAUUUGCCAAUAAUAUUUGCACCUGGAAAUCCAGAAUCAUUCCAUACAAGAUAUGUACAAACCCUAGAUUACCUUCUGUGCUUGGAAAAGAGAUGCUGCACAGCUGAGAAUGUCGAUCGCUUGAAAAGCCAUCCACAGUAUAACAGGUUUCUAAAUAAAUGGAAUCUACCAGUCUAUUACCAAAUAAGAUUUCAAGAAAUUGCGGGCACUGCUGAAAGCAUACUAGCCGGUAAUGUAUCUUCAGUUUCAAUACGUAAGAACAAGAGUUCCAUGCGUCCAGACAGUUUUACCCUGCAUGCCACGUGUAUUGUCUGGGACUGUCUCCAGAGGAUAUGGGCAGACGAUGUUUACCUUCCUCAGCUUCUUCAUAGAUUUUGGAAAUUGUGCCUUCAACUGUGCUCGAGAUACCAGGGAUGGUGUCGGACGUCUUUGAAACAGGCCUGGCCUGUCGUAACGGUCAAUGAAACCAGUCAUAGCUCGGAAUUGGAAAAUCCUCAAAGACUCGAAUUUCUUGUUGGACUUUACACCGACAUAGAAAAGUUAUCCGCAAAAAUGUCCAAUUUUAUAGCGAUAAUAGGAGAUAGAGUGUCUAAUUUGAAUCCCAAUGUGAUCGAUUUAUUGAAUGACUGUACGAAGGAGACAACGAAAAACUUCGACGACAUUCUACCUUUGAUCACCCAGGAGAUCGUGAAUGAGCUGCUGAAACACAGCGCGACGCAUUUGCGGCAAAUAAGCGACAUUCCCAGGCUGUUUAGGCGAACGAACAGAGAAGUCCCAACGAAGCCCUGCGCCUACGUUAAGAGAGCUUUGGACUUCCUCACCGCCUUUCACGCGAAUUAUAAAAACAUCAUUCCACAAACCGUUCGCCGCUGGCUCGUGCAGGCGCUCACGUCCUUGACUCAGCAGUACACGUCCUCCGUAAAAGAUGUGCUGACGUCCGUGCAAAAGACCGAGGAGAGCUUGAGGAGGUUAAAGAAGAUCAGAGAUAAGUCCGCCGGAGUAUCGAGUUCCGAAAAUCAAGGAACGAGCGACGACGAGAAGAUUCGCAUCCAGCUGCUUAUCGACGUUUUGGGCUAUAUUCAAAUGGUGAAAGACUUAGACGUGAAGGAGGAAGACAUUAAACAGCUGAAAGAUUUACUGGAAGUGGUACAGUCCGCCACGAAGAGCAAAUCGGAGCCAAAAUAAAAUGUCAACUGCGUCAUCGGUGAAAUGAAACAGGCUCUUUCAAACGGCCAAUUAAUCCGCAGGUCUCGCAGUGCAAAGAGGUUCAAAGUCUCUCGAGCAAGGGAAAGGUCACGUGUGCAAACGAGAGCACCACGAAACCCUAAAUCACGAGCCUCUCUCGCAUCGUGCAUCGUGACGGAAAUACACAAAAGCGAACAUCCGGCGCUCAUCCGCCGAAACAGGAUUAGGAAGCCUCUAGCAAGGCCUACGUCACCGAGGCCGUGUAUAAAUCGACCAGAGCGACUCGCGCGCAACGCAGUAGUCCGCGCGCACCUGUCCAGCACACUGCGACUCAAGACUCUCUCAGGAUGGUGGUGAACUUCAAAGUAUUCAAGAAGUGCUCGCCCAAUGGCAAGAUCGCCGUGUACCUGGGCAAGCGCGACUUCAUCGACUACCUCUCCGGCGUCGAGCCCGUCGAUGGGGUGGUUCUACUGGAUCCUGGAUACAUCGACACUCAGCGCAAGAUCUGGGUGCAGCUAAUCUGCAGCUUUCGCUACGGACGAGAGGAGGACGAGGUGAUGGGUCUGAACUUCCAGAAGGAGCUGUACCUCGCCUCAGAGCAGCUCUACCCGCGCGUCAAGAAGAUGGAGCAAAAUCUUACGAAGCUGCAGGAGAGACUGCUCCGCAAGCUCGGGCCCAACGCUGUACCCUUCACCUUUGAGUUCCCUCAGAGCGCGCCGUCCAGCGUCACUCUGCAGCCCGGAGCCGACGAGACCGGUGAGCCUUGCGGCGUCACCUACACCGUGAAGGUCUACGCUGGCGAGACCGAGACCGACAUCACUCACAAGCGCAGUACCGUAUCCAUGGGCAUCCGCAAGAUUCAGUACGCGCCGACCAAGCAGGGCAGACAGCCCUGCACCGUCGUGCGUAAGGACUUCCUGCUGAGCCCCGGAGAGCUGGAGCUCGAGGUCACCCUAGACAAGCAGCUGUACCACCACGGAGAGAGAAUCGCGGUGAGCGUCUGCGUGAAGAACAACAGCAACAAGGUGGUGAAGAAAAUCAAGGCGCUGGUGCAGCAGGGUAUCGACGUCGUGAUCUUCCAGAACGGCCAGUUCCGCACGGUCAUCGACGCCGUUGAGACCCAGGACGGCUGCCCCAUCAACCCGGGCUCGAACCUCCAAAAGGUCCUCUACUUGAAGCCCCAACUGGAGGGUAACCGACAGCGUCGUGGCAUCGCUCUCGACGGACAGAUCAAGGGCGACGUUGGUGAGUUGGCUUCCAGUACGCUGCUGACCUCGCCGGACGUGAGGGACACCUUCGGCAUCGUUGUGUCCUAUGCCGUCAAGGUGAAGCUCUAUCUGGGAGCUCUGGGCGGAGAACUCUCUGCUGAGCUGCCGUUCAUUCUGAUGAGACAGAAGCCCACGGAUAGAUUCAAGCUCGUCACUGCUGACGAGAACAUGGCCAUAGAGGAUAUUCCAUCGGAAGAGAAGGGCAAGGAGAAUUAUGCGAGUUAGUUAGGUUGACUCUACUUCUGUUAGUUUUUUAACGAAACGAGGGUAGGUUUAAGAAGGAACGGGUGGUGUGAAUUUACCGAUUACUUUUGUUUUUUCUGAAAUUGAAACUUAUUGUACGUAAAACUAUGAAAAUGUAAAAAAUAACUCGCUUCGUGUUACAUCGGUAAUUUUUAUAUCUCUCUGAGAUAACUGAUCUGUGGAAUCGUCGCAAAAUCAUUCCAGAUUCCAUUGCAACCAGUUUGCAUUUGCAAAUAGUAAGCUUUAUUGAUAAAGAAAAGGCCUCUGAAAGAUUUUUAAGGAGGUGAGAAACAUCUCUCGUUUGACUGAGCAAAAUGGCACUAAUUCUACGUUUUUGUUAGCGAUGUAUAGCAGUGUUAUUCAGUAUUUACAUAAAUUAUUUUGUCUAAAGUAUCAGAAUUAAGGCGUUAGAGUUUUAUUUUUUAGCGAUUUUUUCACCUCCUUAAAGGAUCCUAAAUCCUAUCCUCCCUCCUUUUUAUCUAUAAUUUAAUCAAGUAUUCAAGAUUUAUUUGUGAUUACGUCCUAUGGGUAUAUUUAUUGAAAUUUACUAUCAUAAACUGCGAAUUAAUUAAUGCCGUGCCUUUUUCUGUAUAUUUAUUCUUUGAAUUCGAAUUUAAAGAUGUGUUAUGAUUUCUUUAAGUUUUAAAUAGAUGUGAUAUGUUGUACAAUUAAUUGUUUUCUUUUGCAGAGACUCAUAUAUUAAUAUAAAUAUCAUGUAAAAAAUAUAGAAAUUAUAAUAUAUUACCAGGGUAAUAUACCUAUAAUGUAAAAAUAAGGUAUAGUCCAAGUAAACUGAGAUGUUCGUCUUGAGCGUACGCUGCUGAAUAGAAAUUUGUAUAAAUUUGUCGACAUUAAUAAUAAAAAGAAAUGAAAUAUUAAAUAA